AUGGGUGAGUUACAAGAUGACCUACAUUGUAUUCCCGAGGCCAAGUGUGCAAAAAGAACUUUAGAAGCCUGGAAAAAUAUCAGCUCUAAGGCCACUAUGAAGAAGAACUUGGUACAAGCAGAGUAUUUAGUACCAGGUUGUACUCUUUCUGGUAUUUGUGUAUCUUGUCACUCUUCUGGGGAACUUGGGGAUCAUCACUCUCAUUUGGAUGGAUUCCCAAUUCACAGCCCCAUGUACUUUUUUCUCAGUCACUUGUCCUUUGUGGAUAUCUGCUCCUCUUCUGUCACAGGUCCCAAGAUGUUGACUGAUAUCUUCACGGACAAAAAAGUAAUCUGUUUCUUCGGUUGUGCUGCCCAGUUAUGUUUUUUUUUUGGUCAUUUUGUAGUAACUGAAUGUUUCCUUCUGGCUACCAUGGCAUAUGAUUGGUAUAUGGCCCUCUGCAAGCCCUUGUUGUACACACUCAUUAUGUCCCAGCAGUUCUAAGUGCAGCUGGUGGUAGGACCUUAUGCCAUGGGCCUUAUUAGCACCUUGACCCAUACCACUUUCACCUUCCACCUACCCUAUUGCGGUCCAAAUAUAGUUAAUCACUUCUUCUGUGACCUGCUUCCUGUUCUCUCCCUGGCAUGUGCAGACAUCCAUGUCAAUAAACUUUUAGUUUUCAUCCUGGCUGGAGCCCCGGGAGUGCUCAGUGGUGUGAUCAUCUUGGUCUCCUACGUUUACAUUGUCACGGCCAUCCUGAGGAUCCGCUCUGCUGAUGGGAGGUGCAAAGCCGUUUCUACCUGCUCUUCCCACCUGAUGGCUGUCCCCAUCUUUUAUGGGACACUGUUCUUUAUUUAUGUACGUCCAAGCUCUAGUUUCUCUCUAUGCAUCAAUAAAAUCGUUUCCUUGUUCUGCAUGUCAGUGAUCCCCAUGUUGAAUCCGCUUAUCUACAGCCUGAGAAAUAAGGACGUCAAGGAUUCAUUGAGAAGGAAAAUUGAAAGGAAGAAGUUUCUUAUAGAUAGGUGA